AUGUGCAUCGUCAAUUCUACACACAUCAUUCCUCUGUUGCAGAAACAAUGGCGCACUGUCAGCUUUGCCGCGAUUGCGGCUGGUGCCGGCAUUACUGUCGGCAUCAGCAAGGAGGCAGUCAAAAUCAUGCACCAAGAUCUGACAAGCGAGCAUGGCUUCAGCAUUGGCUGGCCAAGAUAUAUCAUACCCGCCAUGAGUGCCAGAAAGGACCUUGAUGCGAUCAACAGACGGUCCGUUGAGGUCCUCGCGGAUGAAGUAGAAGAACCUCAGGCAAAGGGAGUCGUCAGGCUGGAACUGUCUCAAUGGUCACGCCAAAUGAUGUUUACAGCAACGACUGAAGCUGUAUGGGGCCCUCAAAACCCGUAUCGCGAUCCUGUUGUUGCCGAAGCUUGGAGAACUUUCGAAGCUGGCUUUUUGAAUUUCUCAAUGUUUCCGUUCUCAUCUGUCCCUUUCCCAAAGCUUCGGCAGGCUCGUGAGGCGGUUGCUGCUGCCAUGAUGAAAUACAUGGGCAACGGCGGUCAUAAAACUGCGUCAGGUCUCGUACGCAUGCGCUUCGAACAUCAUCACGACCAAUUCGGCCUCAGAAUCGAAGAAAUCGCUCGUGGCAAUACUACGCCGUGCGCUCUGUGGAUGCUCUACCACGUCUACUCCGACAACCGGGUGCUGAAUGACCUACGGCGCGAGAUCCAGGCUCUUGUGCAUGAACAGCAUGACGAGGUGGGAAAUUCCUUCCACUCCGUUGAUCUAGCCGCCAUCCGAACAUCCUGCCCGAUCCUCAUGAGAACUUUCCAAGAGACGAUGCGUUUCCGCGCUGCCAAUUCCGGCCUACGCGUGCUUAUUGAAGACGUGCGUUUGGACGAUCGCUACCUCCUCAAGAAAGGAAGCAUGCUCAUGAUCCCAGCUACUGUGCAGCACAGCGACGCUGCAGCAUGGGGUGAUGAUGUUGGCGAGUUCGACUACAUGCGUUUCGCCCGCAGGCCCACUACCGGCCGCAAGAAGCCGAACCGCAUUGCGUUCUGUGCCUUUAGUGGCGGUCAUAUACUUUGUCCAGGUCGCCAUUUUGCGAGCAACGAAAUCAUGGUUUUUGCGGCACUCAUGGUGCUUCGAUUCGACGUCACGCCCGUUAAAGGCACGUGGGUUGAGCCUAUCUGUGAUAACACGCCUGCUCGGUCUGGAUUCCCGCUUCCUGAUGAGGAUAUUGAGAUCGAGCUUUGCCCCAGGGAUGUUUCAAAGAAGUGGAACUUCACGUUCUCGGGAUCAGACAAGGUGAUGGACAUCGUAGCAGAAGACGGUUCUUCCAGUGAAUAA